AUGGUGAUAUUCGCAAUUAUCCACAUGAUCUUGAAUCAGAAAAAUCUACCUGAUGACAUCACUGUCACUGAAGCCUGGAAUGCCUUAAAAGAUCCAAUCCACCAGGAACCACCUACAAGCCACUUCUCCAUAUGCUAUCCGUUUUCGUUAUGGAAUCAGCUUGCUCCUGUGUUUGAUAUGGAAUUUGCAUUUCCUUUUAACUUGCGCAAUGAUGAAUCAAGCUAUGAAACAAUAUCACAAGCUUUAAAGUAUGUUGUUGAAGAGGCUGAGAGCCAUGCAAAAGGUGCUGCCAUGACCCCUUAUCAUCAGGAGGAACCAGAGGACUUUGGAGACGGUGGAGCAUUUCCAGAAAUCCAUGUUGCACAAUACCCUCUGAACAUGGGCAAGAAAAAGACAGCUAACUCUACUGCAGUGGUUCCUCUUCAACUUGACUCUACUGGAAAGGUUAAAUAUGAUGAUGCAAAACUGGGGCACAGCAAAGAUCGAGUUGUACACACCUCUCUUCAAGCCAUGUUACCAAAGGAGAUACAUUCCAAUGAUCCUGAACUAGCUAAACCAGAUGAUGAAGAAACUAAGAAAAUCACUGAUAAAACCAGACAAGCUUUAGAACAGAUUGUUUCAAAGAAAGUAGCAGAUGCUCUACCAGUGAGAGCUGCUGAAAAGACAGCUCCUGCUCAAUAUAUCAGGUAUACUCCUAGUCAACAAGGACCUGCUUUUAAUUCAGGAGCUAAACAAAGAAUCAUUCGUAUGGUAGAGGUUCAAAAGGAUCCAAUGGAACCACCUCGUUUUAAAACCAACACAAAAAUUCCACGUGGACCUCCUUCACCUCCUGCACCUGUUCUCCACUCACUCCUAGAAAGGUUACAGUUAAAGAACAACAAGACUGGAAAAAUACCUCCGUGUAUUUCUAACUGGAAAAACAAUCGCGGUUUUACAAUUGCCCUCGAUAAGAGACUUGUAGGAGGGCGUGGCCUCCAAGAUCAUACCAUCAACGAAACAACUUUGCUAAAUUGGGCUCAGUCUCUGUAUAUGGCAGAUAGAGAGGCUCGUAAAGCUGUUGAAGCAAGAAAUAAUUUAGAAAGGAAAGUAGCUCACAAACAACGAGAGGCAAAGGAAGAAAAUCUUCGUCAAUUGGCUCAAAAAGCAAGAGAUGAGCGAACUGGGAUCAGAACUGAGGGAGAUGAUGAUGAAGAUGAGUCUGUGAAAGAGAGAGAUCAACUUAGAUAUGAUCGACACAAGGAGAGAGAAAGAUCUAGGAGAAUAGCCAGAGCUCAUCCUGAAAAAAGGUCAAAGUUAGAACGAGAGAAAGAUCGUGAUAUCAGUGAAAAGAUUGCCCUUGGUUUGCCUGGAGGACCUCCUUCUCAAGAAUCAAUGUUUGAUCAACGUCUCUUUAACCAAUCUCAGGGUCUUGAUUCAGGUUAUGGGUUAUUGGAUGAUACUUAUAAUGUUUAUGAUAAGCCCUGGCGUGCUGGAGGUGGAGCAGCUCAAGCUAUUUAUCGUCCAAGUAAAACUGCUGAUAAAGAUAUCUAUGGAGAUGAUAUCGAGAAGCUCAUCAAAACUAGCAGGUAA